CCUGCGCAGAGGCGGCGCUCUAGCCCGCGGAGUUGGCUCGCCUCGCUCGCCGGCCCCCGGCUUCCCAGUCGGUUAGGACGCGGGCUGGGAAUUCCGGACGUUUCGGCUUCUUGGUCGCAGAGGCAGGCGGCCUCUCUGCAGCAUGUCGGUCAUGGACCCCGCCGGCACCUGCUCCCGCUUUCAGUCGGACUUGGAUUUCUGUCCGGAUUGCGGCUCGGUCCUGCCUCUACCCGGGGCUCAGGAUGCGGUCACCUGUGCUCGCUGCGGCUUCUCCAUCAGCGUUCGGGGUGAGGGGCUCGUACGCAGCGGUCGUGGCGGAGGGCCCAGGCUCGGAGGCUGGGGGGCCGCAAGACUUCGAGGGCAAGACUGUGAAGACUUCAGCUGUGUUCCGCAAGCUGGGGACCGCCAUGCCUGUGUCGGUGGAGGAAGGGCCCGAGUUCCAGGGACCUGUGCUUCUCCCCAGGUUGACAGGCGCUGCUCCCGAUGUGGUCGUGAGGGAAUGGCGUACCACACCAGGCAGAUGCGUUCAGCCGAUGAGGGGCAGACCGUCUUCUACACCUGUACCAGCUGCAAGUUCCAGGAGAAGGAAGAUUCUUGAUGUUUUUCCUGGGCAACUCCACAGUCCGUCCCUCCUCUUCCUUGGAAGGUGAAGGAUACUGAGUUCCUGGACAAGGGAUGCCUUAUGCAUCCCUUCUAGUUGCAAUGUUUUGCUCCCAGAGAAGAAUCAAAUCAUCAUAUGGGGAUUACCACUGUCCCUGGAGUAAGAUACUCCUAGUUGAGUUUCCUUAUUAAAGUUGUAUUUUUCUAUAAGACCCUGA